AUGGAAUGGCUCUCCUCCCUUAUGACCACCGAUAAGGCCAUCAAAGGGGCCUUGAUCAUACACGGUGUUGCUCUCGUCGGGACAGUGCUGCUUGCGCUUGAUCAAUGGCGCUCAGAGUGCGAAACAAAACCACCACAACCCAAGCCGCAGUACAUCACCCAGGACACCGAGGACGCCCUGAAACUGACCACCCUGGAUACUUUGCUCGGUCACUACAACCAUGCCAUUCGUGAGACGGCUGUCAAGAUCGUAUGUGACAGAGCCGUCAACGACAAGGACACCUUCGAACAGCUCCUCUGGGGCAUCACCCGUCCCAGCUACGACGAGCGCCUGAAGAAUCUCCGAGCUUUGGCAGUGAUUACCGAUCCGCACUCCUUGGAUAAACUUCACACAUGGAAGGCCUACGCAGCUCUCGUCCGGUGCCUGGAGCUAUCUCUUGACCCUGACCAGGAGGUACUCAACAAUGACGACUGGGACGAGUAUCCUCUCCGUGACAUGACAGACAAGCUCUGCCUCAUGUUCAUCAGCCAGCUGGUAGGCACCUUUGACUGCGAGAAACUCAUCAAGGCCAAAUUUGUCGAGAAGUGGCUGUCCAAGCAAAACUGGGGAACCACCGAGGAGGAGCGGCAUCAGAAUCUUGCGGCCUACCUGCGCAGCAAGACCAACAGGCUUGCCGAAAUCAUCAGUUGCAUUCGGCAGAGCCCAGCUGGCCGAGAGGCACUGCAGAAGUGCGGUCUCUUUCCGUAUCCCGACACGGAAGAGAGCGAAGCAGACGAUGACGACACGCACUUGGUGGAACGAUUAAGCGUUUUGUUCCCGGAAACUCUCGAUGUCAACAGUUUGGACGCGAACCAUCCUACUAGGGUGUUGUUGCGUUCGUUCCAAACCACGCCAGGGAGUGAAGAACAGCGCGACCGGAACCAGAGGCACAGGGAGGCAAUGGUGCUGAAUGAUGGGAGCCAUCCGAUCACGAGUGAUGAUAUCAUCCAGCGGGAUCCGACAUCGCCUCCGUGA